AUGCCUCGCACCUCCUCCAGCAUCUCCGAAGGUCGCUUUCCCAUCUGGCUUGUGUUUCUCCCGUUCGCACUGGUCGGCAUCGUCAACGUUGCCCGUGCGCCGAGCCACGCGCCCGUGGUCUCGCGCCGGCAGCUAGCCCUCCAGAGGAGCCGUCAAAAGCCGCCGGAUAGUGGAUGGGCAGCUGUAGAGACAUCCCGCAGCUCUGCCGCGCUGUCCUCGGAGGAGGCCACCAGGAUUGCUCUCGAGAAGGGCUCGCAACGAGUGCGCGCAGCGGCCGCGGCCGUUUCGUCGCCGGUGCGUGGCGUCGUCACCGCCGAGGCACUCGACGCUGUCCUGCCAAAGGGGGCCGUCGUGUGGCUUACCUUUAGCAACGCCGCCUACCUUCACUUUGCGCAGAACUUCUACCUCUCCUGCGCGGCCGUCGGACGGGCGCACCAGCUCGCCAUUGCUGCGCUCGACCCUCCCUCGCUCUCGAGCUGGGCAGGGCUCGGUGUUCCGGUACUCAAUUUCUCCGUCUUCGGAGAUGCGUCCGACUUCCGCGGCAUCGGCGCCGACCAGGCGCGCUUCCGGCGGAUGGGCGCGAUGAAGGUCGCCGCCUUCCUCUCCCUCCUCCGGCGCGGCCGCCCCGUCCUCUGCAGCGACGUCGACACGGUCUGGCUCGCCGACCCGGAGCCCUUCCUGCGCUCGCGCGCCGCCGCGGCGGACAUCGCUGUCACGAGCGACUGCCUCUCGCGCGAGGCAGACGCGAACAAGCGCGGCGACUCGAGGCGCUUCGACCCCAAGGGCGUCUGGUUCUGCGGGCACAACCCUCAGAACCUCUACGGAGACUGCAAGUCACUCCUCCUCACCACUGCUACCCACUCCUCAGGCGUCCUCUUCCUCAACCCGACGCCGCGAACCCUCACGCUGGCGGAGCGGCACCUCGAGGACCAGCGCGCCUUCAACAUGCUCGCUGUCUACCAUGUCUACCCCGUUGAUGAGAACCAGGCGUUCUACCCCGUCGUCGCGGCACCGCCUGCCGCCGAGACGGGCGAGAUCGUGCUAGCCGCCAACCGCUCGCUGUGGCUGAUGCCGCUCCCCGCCGGCCUCUUCUGCGGCGGCCACACUUUCUUCGUGCAGCAAAGCGGCGAGCGGCGCGGCUGCCUCAACGUGCACAUCACCUUCACCGAGGGGGGCGUGCACGGCAAGCUCUGGCGGCUGCGCGAGGCGGGGCUGUGGGGCCUCGAGCCCGAACAGUACUACGACGAGGGGCGGUACCUCUCCUUCCGCCCGCCGCCCGUGCCGGCAGGACCGCUGCCCGCCGCGCGCGUCGAGCCGUACGACGACGAGAGCCGCUGCGUCAAGGAGGUGCGGCAGUACGACGACAAGGAGGGGCUGCACGGCGUAACGAUUCAGGAGGCGAUCGCGCAGUCCCCGCGGCUGCAGGCACACCUCCGCAUGGCCGACCGCUACCUCGUCGCGCUGCGCGACGGCAUGGCUGCGGCGUGGCUGCUCAACCGCACCUUCGUCUUCCCGCAGUUCGCGUGCCUCUGCGACCGGAGCGAGUGGCCCGACGUGAUGCCGACCUGCCGGCUGGAGAACUCAGACCUCGAGUUCCCCUUCCGCUGCCCGCUCAACUUCCUCCUCAACGUGCACUUCAUGCAGGGCAUCGAGAACGGGCUGCAGGGCCGGCGCGGCCUACCGUACCGCGAGCACUCCUUCCUCACCCACCCUUGGCUGAGCCGCCGGCUGCGCGAGUCGCGCACAGAGGUGCGGUUUCGGAGCGACGCGCCGUCGGCGGCGGCCCCGGGGCUGGUCGAACUCCCGCGAGGUGCGACCGACGCCGAGGUGCUCGCCGCCCUCGGGCCGGGCACAGUCGCCGCCGGCUCGGCCGUGAUCAUGCUCUCCGAGGCGGAGGACGUGCUGGGCGGCUUCGAGGACGCGGCGACGGGGGCGUACGUGCGCAGCCUGCUCGACCAAAAGGUGCUCUACGGCAGCUGGUGCUGCUCGAGGACCAACUUUCACCGCCCAGGCGCCACCGCCUUCUAUACGAAGCCCGCAGAGCUCCCGCUCGGCGUGCGUGCCACGGCCGUGCGAGAGGCGCGCUCGUGGCGUUUGCCGCUGAAGGGGGAAUUUUAA